AUGUUAUUGGGUACCUGCAGCAAGCACAGCCGGAUGCUACCCUCCUCUAACGCGCGGAACGUGCUGAGGCUCACCACCUCGGGCGGGGAGCUACUGUUCCAGGCGGCUGACAGGGAGGACAUGCUGUCCUGGAUACGCCUCAUCCAGGGCAACAGUAACCUGGGCAACCAGCAGAGUGCUGGAGUCACCAGCCAGGACCUGAUCAACCGCAAGAUUAAGGAAUACACCAUGCUAAACUCCCCCAGCAGUAAGGCGGACCCCUCCCCCAAACCCCCCCGCCAAGCCCUGAGCCUCAGACACGCCCUGCUGGGGGGGAGGAGCCCCAGCCCCCCCUCGCCCCGCCACGCGUCUGAAAGGAAGCCCCCACACAAAGAGGAGAGCAGCCCCCCGCGGGACCGGGGCGGCUGGAAGCGGAUCCCAGGUUUGAGGAGGAGGGUCGUGGAGAAGAGGCCCGGCCCGGGGGUGACGUUUGGGGUGCGCCUGGACCACUGCCCCCCCGCUCACAGCAACAAGUUCAUUCCUCUGAUAGUGGAGAUGUGCUGUGCUCUGGUGGAGGAGAGGGGUCUGGAGUACACUGGGAUCUACAGGGUCCCCGGGAACACCGCGGCCAUCGCCCACCUGCAGGACGAGCUGGACCGCGGCAUGGACAUCAACCUGCAGGAGGACAAAUGGAGGGACCUGAAUGUCAUCAGCAGCUUGCUGAAAUCCUUCUUCCGGAAGCUUCCAGAGCCGCUCUUCACCAAUGAGAAAUACGCAGAUUUUAUUGAAGCCAAUCGAACAGAGGACUCGGUGGGGAGACUGAAGGCCCUGAAGACUCUGCUGCAGCAGCUGCCCAGACAUCACUACGAGACGCUGAAGUUCCUCUCAGCACAUCUCAAAACCGUGUCUGAGAACUGCGAGAAGAACAAGAUGGAGCCUCGGAACCUGGCCAUUGUGUUUGGGCCCACCCUGGUGAGGACAUCAGAGGACAACAUGACCCAUAUGGUCACCCACAUGCCCGACCAGUACAGGAUAGUGGAGACCCUCAUACAGCAGUAUGACUGGUUUUUCUCAGAAGGGGGCGCUGUGGAGCCCACGACCAGCAUGCCCCAGGAGAUUGCGGUGGAGUCCCAGCCGGUGCCGAACAUCGACCACCUGCUCACCAACAUCGGCCGGGCCGGCCUCACCUCCCCGGGGGAGGUCUCGGACUCGCCCAACAGUGACUCUGCUAAAUCUAAGGGCUCGUGGGGCUCGGGGAAAGAGCAGUACAGCCGGGAGCUGCUCCGCUCCUCCAUCUUCGCGGCCGCCAGCCGCAAGCGCAAGAAGCACAAAGAGAAGCCGCUUCCCAGCAGCUCCGACGACGACCUGGACGCUGUGUUCCCCCGCAAGGAGAGCCAGAACCGCGGCCCCACGGCCAUCCAAAACCGGGGCUCAACUCCCAGCCAGAACCGGGUACCUACUCCCAGCCAGAACCGGGUACCCACUCCCAGCCAGAGCCAGAACCUUGGACCGAGCCCCAGCCAGAGCCAGCGGCCGGGCUGGGUGGAGCCUGACAGUGCCAAGCGCGGUGAGAGUGGUGGCAGUGAGGUGGGGGGCGGGGGGGAUGGGGGGCACGGGGGUCAGGCAGACCGCAAACAGGAAGCAGAACCAUCGCUGCCGGAGAUGGAGGAGAGAGGGGGGGAGACGGGGGUGGAGAAGGCCCCCUGCCCCAAACCGCUCCCCUCCCCGUCCCCCAGUCUGAGUUACCGUGGAAACCGCCAGUCCUCCCUGUCCGACCCCACCUCCCAGUGCGACGACGUGACCUCUGACCUCGGCACCAUGAACAGCAGCAGCUCCCAGGCCUCCGCCCCCCCCACGCUGCCCGCCCCCGCCCCCGCCGACCCCGCCCCCGACCCCCGAGGCAGCGAGGCCCUGGCGGAGGUGAGCUCCAUCACGUCCGACUACUCCACCACCUCGUCGCUGACGUUCCCCUUCCUGCCGGGGCCCGAGGCCAGCGCGCUGAGCCCGGAGGUGCGCUCGGUGACGGAGAGCCGGGGGGACGAGGCGGACGACGAGCGCAGUGAGCUGGUGAGCGAGGGCCGGCCCGCCGAGACCGACAGCGAGAGCGACUUUCCCGUGUUCGCCAAGACCCAGCCGCCCGCCGCCGCGCCGCCCCACCCCAAAACCCACAGCGAGUCGUCGGCGGAGGGCGGGCGGGGCGAGCGGGAGCCCGGGGCGCUGUCCCGCGUCCUGGCCGGCUCCAGGGGCCGGUCCACGGGCAGCCUGAGCUCCUCCUCCAGGAGCGAGGGCUCGGAGAGGGCGGAGCCGCCGGCGCCGUGGAGACUGCGCCUCACGGAGCGCUUCAGGCUCCGCCUCCGGAGCUCGGCGGACGACAUGUUCGGGGUGUCGGGGGGCGGGGCCCCCGCCUGCAGGACGCGCUCCCCGGACUCGCGCAAGAAGAAGGGCAUCCGGCGGCGGCACACCAUGGGGGGCCAGCGCGACUUCGCCUCGCUGGCCGCGGCCGGCGACACGCCCGGCGGGAAGGGGGCGGGGCUGUGCGCCGUGGACCGGCUCAAGCCCCGGUGCAGCUCGCAGGACUUCUCCGUGCGCGACUGGAUCGUCCGCGAGCGCCGUCGCCCCGGCAACCCCGACCCCGCCCCCGCCACGCCCGCGUGCCCGGAGGGCGGCCCGGAGCAGCUGAACGGAGACAGCCCCCCGGGGAAGAGCCAGGGCGCUCUGAGCCUGUCGGGAGACGCACACCCCCACAAACUGUCCGGGGCCCAAGUGGUCCGCUCGCGAUUCUAUCAGUAUUUAUGAACCGGGGGCGGGGGGGGG